AGCGGCGGGCGGAGGCGCCCGUGGGCUCGGCCCAGCGAGGCGGCGCCCGGGAGGCGGUGUCCUCAUCCGUGGCGCAUGUAUAUAUAGGAUCCUCCCCUGUCGACUCUGCACACCUUAUCAUCACACACGCGAAUCAGAUUGCGUGGAGGCAUAGACUCCCCGACGAAACAUCAAACAGCUAGCUCCCGGAGGAGGAAGACGAAGAAAGGCCACCCGGCCUUUUGCCUGAAAGGAAUGGCCUUGGGAGACGAAACUAAUCCUGCCUCUUACAUCCACAUGGUGCAGCACCUGAUAGAGAGAUGCAUGACGUUUGGGAUGAGCAUGGAGGAGUGCAUGGAGGCGCUGUCCAAGCGCGCCGACGUCCAGCCCAUCGUCACCUCCACUGUGUGGAAGGAGCUGGAGAAGGAGAACAAGGAGUUCUUCCACAACUACAAGCAGUGGGUAUCGGAAAAGAGAAGCGCAGGCAGCUCCUGAAUAAUUAACGCUUGCUUGCUUAGUUGUGAUGUUCAUUUAGUUCUUUUUAGGUUCACUGUACUUAGAGGAAAUAAGAGAUGGGGAGGCCAUCAGCUGCUAAUGUGGUCUGCUGUGUGUACAGGGUUGGAAGGGAAGCCAUGUCAUCAAGAGCAGUAAUCUCUUCGAUUCUGUAUGCACCAAUACAUCUCCUAUACCACAGGGUUCAGACUCGCUAAAGAUAGUAGAUACUAGAUAUAUAGCAGUUGUGCCACUUUCGUGUUGGACGUAUCUUGCACGGUAGUAAAUUGAAAAGGCGGUUGCUAUU